CAGGCAAGGGCCGCCAUUUUGACUGAGCAACCCUAGUGACAGGAGCUGAAGCAGCAGCGCAGGUUGUCCCGCGUCCCCUCCCCCUUCCCUUCUCCGGUUACUUCCCGGGCCCCCUACAGUCCGCAGUCCCGGUCCCGCCAUGUCCCAGAAACAGGAAGAGGAGAACCCUGCGGAGGAGACCGGCGAGGAGAAGCAGGACACACAGGAGAAAGAAGGUAUUCUCCCUGAGAGAGCCGAGGAGGCAAAGCUAAAGGCCAAAUAUCCAAGCCUAGGACAAAAGCCUGGAGGCUCCGACUUCCUCAUGAAGAGACUUCAGAAAGGGCAAAAGUACUUUGACUCAGGAGACUACAACAUGGCCAAAGCCAAGAUGAAGAAUAAGCAGCUGCCAAGUGCAGGCCCAGACAAGAAUUUGGUGACUGGUGACCACAUCCCCACCCCCCAGGACCUGCCCCAGAGAAAGUCCUCGCUCGUCACCAGCAAGCUUGCGGGUGGCCAAGUUGAAUGAUGCUGCCCGGGGCUCCGCCAGAUCCUGAGACGCUGCCCCCCUGGGUCCUGUGCUGGCUCCUGCCCCUCCCUGCUUUUGCAGCCAGGGGUCAGGAGGUGGCUCGGGCGCGGGCUGGAGAGGCAGAAGCCCCUGCCCGUCGGUGUCCCAGCGCAUGGAGCCCCUUGGGCUGAGCACCAGGACCUUGAACUGUUUUUGUUUUUCCUUUUUUUUCCAAAUAAUUGUUGGGAGAAAUCUCAGUGAAAUCCUGGGGGUGGGAGUCGGGGUGGGGAUGGGGGCUUUGAGAGGGUGGAGUGGGAGAUUUGGAAUAUGAAUUAGGGCUUGUAGUUGAUAAAAACAUUCCUGACUGUCCUCCUUCUGAACCAUGUGGCUGGUAUGGGGUGGAUGUGAGGGGGAGGACAUGGAGUAGACUAAAGGUGAGGGGUCAAAUUCAGCUCUGUAGAAGAAUGCCUUGUUUGCUUGGAUGUGGCUGGGGACCUGGUGUCAGAUAAAAGAAACUGUCCAUCUAAAUGUGAAAGGUGCCAAUGGCUCCUUUGGCUCUGCAGAACAAGCUGAGGACUCAAUGUCAAUUGUUGAUUAAAAAGAAAAAGUGCUAUCCUUGAAAUAGAUUUGCUGUGGGAAGGACAGUGAGUGUGGGGAAAGGGGCCAUGAGCAUGGGGAGCCCCACAGAGCCCAGGGGGCUUUUUCAGUAUUCGAAAUAAAAAACAACCAAAAAAAGAAGACCCACAAAAAAAAAAAAAAAAACCAACUUAGAAAUACUCUGAAGCAGUUGGUGUGUUUUAUUGGGGUUUGGGGAAAGGGAAGAAAACAAGUGAAGAACCACUCAGGGAAGAAGCUGGUGUGGGGUCCUGAGUUUCUAGGAACAAGGCCUCUUCAUACGGGGUGCGUCUGGGUUCCCCGUUUCCAUCGUUUAGGGAGAGGGAGCAUGCAGAACAGGACUCUUCCCGACCCAGAUCCGUGCCUUUGUUUCUGUAGCUAGUGCAGAAGAUGCAGCAGCCUGAGGUUCUGACUCACAAAAAGAGGGAUCUGAGGUCUUGGAUCUAACUGGUUUAUUGAUACCUAAAGCUUAGUCCAGGCUAAGCAAAACAGGAAACUCAAUCUUCCUUCUCCCUUUCAAUCUUUUUUCCUUCACAAGUUCUCAUGUCUUUGAAGGAGAAAUGUGACCUCUGAUAAGCCAAAAGGAACUCAAACCUUUCUGCUCAUGGCCAGCAGGAGGCAGAGCCACUUCUUUCCUCAUGAUGUCCUACCCAUCACUGGAAUCCUGCCACUGAAAGAAGGUUAAAACUACUAGUGAAUGUAAUACACAAAAGAAACUUUACCAAAGGGGAAGCAGACUCACACUUGUCUCCUCUCACACACACCAAUCUGCCACAUGUGAAGACUGAAACUGCUUUGCCCAUUUGCCCAGGUUUGAUUAGGAGAGUUUAUCGUGGUGUUUUCCCAAAUGUGACUGGCUUCUCAAAUGAGUGUGCAUCAAAGAGGAUAAGCGAGGUCCAGGAGACGCAGGUAUUCUAGAGAGACCUCCAUCUUGAUGAGGGGGAGGAGCACCUCUCAGCAAGAGAAGGAACGUUAUUCUCAGUUCUAACUUUCUCUCUCUGCUUAAUCAGAAACUUCCCAUACAAGUUUUCAGCUACUCAGGAUGUUACUGAUUUGCUCUCUUCUGAUUUAGCCAGGAGACUGAUACCUCCUAACCAUCAGCCUUUCUGAACAGCAUGCUAGGCGCUGAGUGGGCCAGGUGGUUUGGAGAUGUCAUAAAGAAAGGCAUUCCCUACCUUUGUGGGGCUUACUGUCUAACUGGAAGGAAAUUUAUGAAAAAGUUCAUGUACUUCAAAAGGUAUAAACUCCAAUCUUAAAGCUAGGAGACAGACAGAGACAUCUUUAUUGUGACACAGUUAGUGAGCCUUCUCAACCUUAUUCCCCUUAAACCAGUCCCAUGAUUUCUUUCUUGAGCAUGUCAUCCCAGUUUAUGUUUGCCAGGUGGACACAUCUGGGGAAUGAGGUCCGCAAGGCUCGGUAUGGGGUCAUUCAGUUAGUGCGAUUUUAUUUUAAUAUACAGGUAAGGUAGUUGACAUACAGAAAUUAGUUACGUUUAAGGUUGCAAUACUGGUUUACUGAAGAACUUGAGUUAGUAUCUAGACUUCUACAUGAUUUUUCUAUUAUUCUUGGCUUCCUGGUCCUUAAUUUUAAGCUGUAGCCUUAGGAAUCCUGGGGGUGCCAAGAAAUGUUUGUGGCUCUCUCUGGUUCAGUUUAAAACUUGCCAUUCCUUUUCCUCCACUCGCAUCCUGUAGAGCUGGCCAAUCAGGGAAGACUGACGCUGCGGUACUUCAAACAGCUGUCCCUGCCUGUUGUUUUAGCGACGUGCUUUCUGAAAUCUUUAUUCCGAAGAGUGGAGUCAAGGGUUCUUCCCCACCUCCAGCAUGGUCGAGUGAUAAUUGUGCUGACAAGCCUCUCAGCUUUGCCAUCUGAUAAGCAGAGUGGCAGGGAUGAAGUCACCAUUAGUAGUGUUCAGCAGCAUUUAUUUUAAGCUGAUGUGGCCUGGGCAUAGAAAACAAAGGCAAAAGAAAAAUAGCUUGGAAAAUUGCCUUUGAGGAUAUCUACAGCCAGCCACCAGCACCCGCACAAGCAGCCCUCGCAUGCUUGGUGCCCUCUGCUGGGCCUUGAGGGAGGUUAAUGAGAAAAGGAAAAACCUCUUCCCUUGGGAAGUGAAGACAUGAUAAUGAUGUACAAAUAAAAGCAAAUUAAUGUAGUUCUAAGCAGAAUUCCACAAGCUAAGGGAAGGAGGGGCAGCAGGUGAGUUGUUAGCUGAAUUUUCUUAGAGAUGAGUGACUUAUUAAUAAAAAGAAGAUGAGACUGCCCACGGGGGGGGGGGGGUGUAGCUCAAGUGGCAGAGCACAUGCUUAGCAUGCAGGAGGCCCUGGAUUCAGUCCCCAGUACCUCCAUCUAAAAAAUAAAAUAAAAACCUAAUUACCUCCAACCCCCCCAAAAGUAAACUAAUUAAAAUAUUUAAAAAUUAAAAAUAAAUACUUAUUAAAAAAAAAAAGAUGAGACCUCCCAUGCUUGGGCAGCAAUAUUUUAAUUCACAAAUAAUUACUGAACUCUAACUUUGUGGUUGGAAAUAUUAGCUGAUGUUGGGCAGAUAAACAGUAUAAGAGAUGGUCUCUGCCCUGGGAGGCCUGAAGUGUCAUCGAGACAACACUAAUACGUAUGGUGCAGGACAGCACGUCAUUAGUCAGGCAGUGGUAAAAAUCCCGAGAAGGGAAAAUUUAAACGGUUGGAAUAAUCAGGUAAAUAUUAGUGGAGGAAAUGGAAAUUGAGCUGGGCGUUGAAAGAUGUGUACUAUUAAAUAGUGUAGUUCAAUUAUUAAUGAAUAAGUGCCCACAAUAUGGCAGGCAUUGUGCUAAAUGUGAACGAUACGUGGGUGCUUCUUCCAAGGAGACUACACUCUGGAGGGGAAACUACACAUGAGUUAAACUUGCAGCAGUAGAAGCCUAGCUACAUAGAGGAAUAAAGACAAGUGUUUAAUAAUAAUUGGCUGUGCAUCAAAGCCCAUUGCUAGAGGCUUAACUCACAUCCUCUCACUUAGUCCUCACAAGUCAAUGGAGGGGGCUGUCUUAGCAUGGCCAUUAUACACGUGAGAAAACUAAAACUGUAGCUUUUCGAAGUCACACCACUCCUGAGAGUGGAGGCAGGAUGCACCGCCUGCGGGGGGGGGGGGGGGGAAUGGUCAGAAAAGGUUUCAUGGAGUAAAUUCUGAAGGAUGAACAGAAUUUCUCCAGAAAAGUAAGGUGAGAAAGUGCAUUUUGGUAGAGAGACCAACACUAGAGAUGGGUGAGGCCGCGUGGAAUCUGGGGUUAGCGCAGUAACCGUUAAUCAGGUGAGUCGUGGGGAGUGGCUGGAGGCUAGGCCAGGAAGGAAGACAGGAGGACGUGGCCGGCAGGCAGGCGGAGGAGCCACUGAGGGGUCACAGAGAAGUCUGGUCAGUUCUGUGUUUUAGAUGGGUCACUGCCAGGUCCCGUGGAGAAGGGAUUUAAAGGUGAUAAGAGUUAGUGAUGGACUGGUUUUAGUGUCAAGUUGCCUGGUUUUAAAUCCUGGUUUUGAUUGAUUUUGAUAACUCAGGAUAAGUUUCUUAAACUCUUCGCUUCAGUUUACUUACUUUGUAAAAUAGGAAUGAUGUAGGACCUACCAUAGAGGAUUGUUGUGAUGAUUAACAAGAUGAGGCAUGUUAAGCCCUUACUUCAGGGACUACGACAGCGUGUAAGACGUGCUUCCUACCCUCAGGGCUUACAGACUAUAGAGGGGCUAUAAUAAAGAUAGGAAGACUGACAGUGAGAAUGCAAGGAUUCAGUGCUAUGAUGUGGGGAAGCACAAAAUGCUUGGGAAGCACAGAGUAGGGGCAGUCACCUCAUUUGGGGAGGUCGGAGAAGGUCAGGAAAAUGCUUUCACAGAAAGUAGCCUCUAAGCUGAAAUAUGAUGGAGCAGCAGGAUUUAGGUAAAGGGGUUAGAUCAGGAAAGGGGGUCUUCCAGGUGGAAGGAACAGUACAUGAAAAGAUGUAGAGGUUUUACAUUCUGGAAAGUUAAAAUAAUUGAGAGUAGCUGUAGCGUAGCAGCAAGGAAUGAGGCCAGAGGUGGGUGGACAGAAGCAAGGGUUAGAUCACAAAGGGCCUUUAGACUUGAUCCUGGAGGCAGUCCUGGAGAAGCUGCUGUCUAAAGAUUUUGAGCAAGGAAAUGGCAUGAUUAGAUUGGCUCUUUAGAAUAAUCUUUCUGACUUCACUGAGGAUGAGAUUGGAGAGGGUAAAUUGGUAUGUCAGAGAUGCUAUUAAUGGGAUGGAAAAGUUGAGAAGGGGUGUGGCUGAAUGAUGAAUUCAACAUGAGGCAUAAUAAGUUUGAAGUAACAAUGAAACAUCUCAGUGGAGAAUUCUGUACUCCACUCCACUUAGUAAGUUGUUACCAUGGGUUAGUUGCGUUAUGGGUAAGACAGACUUAUGUUGCUACAGUGCUGUACAUUAGAUGUGAUUUGGUGGCGAGGGUGUAGCUCAAUGGUAGAGUACAUGCUUAGCAUGCAUGAGGUCCUGCGUUCAAUCUCCAGUACCUCCAUUAAAGUAAGUAAGUAAAUAAGCCUAAUUACACCCCCACCAAAUAGACUGAAGGGUGUCCUUUUGAUUUGCCAAUUAGUAACCUUUUUGAGACCAGUUUCAGUGGAUUGGUAGAAGUAGAAUCUUGCCUGUAGAAUUGAAUGGUGUGUGAAGGUUUUGUUGUAUGUUGUUGUUUUAGGAAGGGAGUGAUUUAGGCACAUUUAUUUAUUCAGUGAAAGGAACAAGUAAAAGUAGAAGUUCAGUGGAGAAUGUUGAGAACCAAAAGGCAGGGUUCUGAACAGAGUUCUGAAGAGAAAGGGGGUGAGGUGGAAACAAGAGCUCAGUUGGACUUGGUUAAUUAAACAAUAGUUCAGCAAACAUUAAUUGAGCACUUACUAUGUGCCAGCCAAGGUGAGGUGCUGGGGUUAGUGUAGUCAGCAAAUCAGCUGAGCAAGAACUGACCUCAAGAGGAGGAUAUAUACCUCAUACCGCUUGAGACUCAAGGUGAAAGUAUAACAAUGGAUAAACUCACAGCUGUUUGUGAAUGGGAGCAGGUAAUCGAUGGGCAUCCCUGUCUGACAGCUGCCUUGUUUGUGGAAUAGGAUGCGAAGUUGCUAGUGGAGAGUGGGAGUUAGGGGGCGUAAGAAGUGUGGCAUGGUAUAGAAGAGGAUGGAAGGCAGGGAGAUGAAAGCUGAUGAAAAAUACUAAGUAAAAGAGUUAGGGAGCAAUGCUGAGGCCUAACAGAUUAGAAACCAUGAAUGUGCAAUCCUUGGAAUGGUAUCAACCCACGUAUUUCUGCUGUUUUCAUUGCUGCUUGGCCUUUUGACUAAGAUCAAGUGUGCACAUUUCUGCUGUUUUCUCUAGCAGCACCCAGCUGCCUGGGUGCAAGAGCAGAGAAAACGUUACUGUGUAUAUCCUGGGCCAUGAUUUGUAGACAGAUAAUGUGGAUUGACAAGGGAACAAGGGCAUUGAAGGUGUGAUGACAGACAGUUCUAGGAGUCCCCCCAAUUCAGACUGGGUAAGAAGGUAGGCUCAGGAAGGUAUGAAAAACUCUGGUCAAGAGAAGUCUUGGUAAGGUCAAAGAUUAGAUGAUUUAGAAGUGAAAGUGAUUAAGCUGAAAGCUCGGGACACGGUAGUCAGAAUGAUGUUAGAGCUUAAGAUUUCAGAGUUGGAACUCUUCCAUGUAAUGGCAAGGGCAGUAGGAAUGGGUGUUCUAAGUGGAGUAAAGGUGAAGGUCAUUGGAGUGUUAAAGAAUUAAGGGAGUUCCCUCAUCCAGAUGCCAAGGGAGGGGGCUCAUGUGUUUGUGGUUUUGUUCUGUUAUCUUUUAUUGAACCCAACUAUUUUUUUAUGAAAAGAAAAAGUGUCUAGCUUAGAAAACAGCAAUAACAAAAGAAUUACGGGCUUGGAUUGUUGGAUCAGUAAAUCAAGGUGUUUAAAUGAAUCCAAAAUUAUGCAAAAUUUGGAAGGAGAAGAUGAAGCCAAGUGCCUGUCCUGGUGUAGGGAUGGGCAAGAACAGCAAAGAAUAUAAAGGAGAGUUUAGCUUGACAGAGUGAACUCCAAAGCAGGAGGAGUUGCAUGCAAAUAUCUUGGAAAAAUAAGGGCCUAAAAAUGAUACUAGGAAGCUACAGGGUGGAGGGUAUAGCUCAAGUGGUGGAGCGCAUGCUUAGCAUGCAUGAGGUCCUGGGUUCAGUCCUCAGUACCUCCUCUAAAAAUAAAGAAAUAAAUAAACCUAAUUACCUCCCCCUACAAAAAAAAAGUUUUAAAAAAGUGGCACUAGGAAGCUAGGAGUUUCUCUGGUUCCCCACCUGCUGGUAUAGGAAGGAAAACCCCUCUAGGUCUGCAAAUUAAGCAGUGUUUGUGGGGAACCUCGGUGUGAUUUGAAUGAGUGGGUUGAGGGAAAUUCUCUAAAAAGUUUCUACAUGAGGCAUCAAAGAAAUAAGUGGACCAAGGAUGAAAAAAGUACAAAUCGGAAAGUUCUGCAUUUGGGGCAGGGUCCAAAGAUUAUAGAGAUGGGAACCAUUUGUGCAGUGAAGGCCUUAAGGUUUCCAAAUUUGGUGCAGAAGUUGUUUGGUACUAGUCUUGACUGAAGGCCCCAUAGGGCUUUGAAGUCUGGCCCCCUCAGGCCUGUCUCUCAGGGUACUGAAUGGUAGGUUAAGCAUUCCAUCUCUGAGAAGACAUUCUAGGAAAAAAAAAUGGAACAGUAGUUUGAACACUGAUUACAAAGAGGAACAAGUAAGCUAGACUAAAGCAAACAACUGGAAGAGAGCCCUGCAUUCACUCACAUAAAGAGGUCAAACUCUAAUUUUUUCUGGAUACCUAUAGAUUAGUCUGAACAUGAGUUAAUGAACCAUUUAUUCCUUCAACAAGUAUUUACUGAGCACAUGUUAUAUGCCAAACAUCAUUCUUGAUGCUGGGAGUGUAGCAAUGAACAAGACAGCCCUGAGGAGUUCUAGAAAUGCUUGUUAAACAGUCUCUGAAUGGCAGCAGCAGUGGAUAAGCAGGGAAAUGAAGUCCUCUAAUGAAAGAACAAUAUCCAAAGGGUUACUCCCCACACAAAGCUGAGUCUCUCUUUUGGAAAACUUUUAGAUGAGCCACAUGACCAAGAAAGAACAGGUAGAGGCCAAGUGCUCAGAAUGUCAACCAGGGGUAGCUUUUUCUGUAAAACAAUAGCUUAUAACAGGAAGAGAGCACUCAAUACUGAUAACCACAUUGUGGUAAAUUACAGGGCCCCUUCAGGUAGGAGAAAAGUUUUGGUAUAAACGGAAGUUUAGUGACAGAGGCGCUUAGCGCUUUUAGAUGGACUUUUUUUGAACCUUCUGACAUACAUUUAUCAUGGGUAGAUACUAGAGAUUAAUACAAAAUGUGAACUUAGUUAUUAAAUCUUUAUUAUAAUAUUUAGAUUGAAAAAGAUUGAACUGAAUAGAAUUUACAUAGUACAAGAACUUCUCUCAAAUUGCUCAUAUUAACUGUUAGAACUACAUACCCAUCAACAAGCAUCAUUCUUGAUUGUCAGCCGAAACCCAGUUAGUAACAUCAAACUGAUACCUAUGCUAGAAUAUUUAUAUUUUAUAAAUAUUCUAUAAAGUGAGCUAGAUGGUCAAUAGAAUAUUUGUAUUUUUAACCGUAGAUGAAACUCUCAUGGUAGAAAUUCAAACGUUAGCAGACCUAAGGGGGAUUUUUUUUUUUUUUUAAUUUGGAGGUGAGUGGUGGGUAGAGGCAACUUACGCUAUCUUCUUAUCUGGUCUGAAUCAGGUGGAUUCCUUGAACUGGCUUUCAGCAGCCCCUUUGGUCACCCCAUGUGGAUACCACCUACUCACAUAUACAGAGGACAUUCAGUGGUCAUGAGUCUUGGUUUCACAUUAAAGGCCAUGUCUGGGGCGCCUUUUAUGAUUAGGAAUGUCUGAAUCACUCUCAGACUUCCCUCUAUUGCAUUUCUGAGUCAUUUCCUUUUCCAUUGACCCAACCUUGGUACAAAUACUAACAAGGACUAUCCAAAAGUACAGUUUUGGAACUAAAGGGACAUUUGAGAUCAUCAAAUUCAAUGGAACUGUGGCCAAAAGAUUGUGCCUUUUGCCCAGUGACACAGCCUCUGUCAGGCAGCUUUUCCUACACCCAAGGCCCUCAUCUCUAGGAGCUGAUUUCACAGCAAAUUUGGGACUCAAGCUUAAAUUUAUUUUUGUUAGAAGUAAACAAAUAAAAUACUUGAGUUGGAAGUUUCAGAGGAACUCAGGGCCCAAGGAAACAAACUGGCAUCCAUGGUAUACCCUUCAAGUAAUCUGACCCAUCACUGAUGCUCCUGCAAUGGACCUAGGAGAGGACUCAUGUAGGACCAGCACCUUCUAAUUCAGAAUUUCUCAGCUUUGGGACUAUUGACAUUUUUGACUAGACACUUUUUGUUAUGGGAGCUGUCCUGUGUAUUUUAGGAUGUUAACAGCAUCUCUCUCUCUUCUACCAACUAGAUGCUUAGGACAGUCAAAAAAGUCCCUGGCAUUGCCCUGUGUCCCCUGGGGUCCCCUGGUUGGGAACCACCGUGCUGACUAAAGGAAGGGGCUCUUGUAACUCAAGCCUGCGGCCAUUCAGUCCUCUCAGCAGUGCCUGUCCUUACUCCCCCACCCGUAUGCCUGGUUUCUCUCCCUCGGCUUCCCCUCUGGGGCUGCCAUGCUUGCAUCAGGUGGAACCCUCCAACUUCUCUCUACCCUCAGAGGCCCUGAAAGUGGCACCUGGGGUGAAAAUGAGAAGCAGAAGUUUCUACCCUCCCCCUCUUGCACCAGGGGAUCCCCCUGGCUGGAUAGGAAUUUACAUAAUUGGUUAAAAUAAGACAAAAAAAUAUGCAAGACUUAGCUCUUAACUGUGACUACUGUGAAUCAGGGAGAGCAGGGCUUUAAGCCCCUUUCCUACCUUGAGGGUGAGCAGGGAGGGAUAGAUGAGGGCGUACCAAAGGAAUCUGCCCCUUCUGCACAAUUUCCCCUUGACUCAGAGGUCCCGCUUCCCCUCCCCAGGCCACACUCAUUCUCACCAGUGACCUUAUUUAGACACUGCAAGCCUGUGUUGUCAUGACAUAAACCAAAUAGUUGCUAUGACGAUUUGUUUGCACACACACAGACACACACACACACACACACACAAGCCUGGCCCAGGCUGAGAGAUGGGGGUGAAUGGCAGUUCUUGCUGGAACAUGCAUUUUUCUUUCUCUUAAUUUGCUAUUACCCCACCUCUUCUAUUCUCCCCACAUUUCCAUGGCUCUCAGUCCUGCUCCCAGAUGCCACUUCCCACUGGCCGGUACUGUUCUUAAACAUCUCCUUUGUUUCACAGCUUAAGAAUAGAAUUAUUUAAUCUUUUUGAACCCUAGCCCCUUUAUCUGUAAUACGAGGAUAAUUACAAUACUGUUUAUGGCUUUUGUUAGAAUUAAAUUAGAUAUAUGUAAAGAAACUUGUAUCACGGCUGGCAAAGUCCAUGCUCAGUAAAUGGAAUUUGUUCUUAUGCUAAAAUAAAAUCCUGCUCUGGGGCACCUGGAAACAAACCAGCUGGUGCCUUUGGAA